UUAAUCGCCUCACUGCCUCAGACCACAUCGUUUUCUGUCGUUUUUUUGCUGCUUUUUGCCACUUAAAGCUGUCACAAUGCCAAUGAUGUGUGGAGGAACUUCCCCUCCGGCUGAAGCUGACGAAGAAAUUCAGAAGAUUUGUGAUCACGUAAAGGCCAGUGCAGAAGCAAAAGCAGGGAAGACGUAUGAUGUUUUCACAGCCAAGAGCUACACGCAGCAGGUAGUGGCUGGGACCAACUACUUCAUCAAGGUCCAUGUGGGAGGAGAUGAACAUGUUCACCUCCGUGUUUACAAAAAACUUCCAUGUCAUGGAGGAGACAUAGAGCUGAGUAAUAUGCAGCACUCCAAGAGUCACCAAGACCCUAUUCAGUACUUCUAAUGGGAUCCUGAACAAAUCAUCAGUAACUACAGGCUGCCAUCUCAUUAUAAUCCGUUCUGAUCCAAUUGUCCUUUUUUUAAUUCUAAAACAAUGCUAUAUGCAGUUCCCAUUUCUAACAUGUUUGAACAGACUUUGUCAUACUGUAGAUCAUGCUGUAAUGUGUCAAGAUGGAACUAUGUUGUACGAGCUGAAUAAAUGAAUGAAUCAGAU